AUGUCACACAGACACACUCACCACCACGACUCCCAUCGGUCCUCCAAGUACACGAUCGACUACAAGGACCUGAGUAAGGCGGACGUUGUCCAGCUUGCCUCUAUCGCAGCCCCGAUCCCCCCUCCUGGCACCUCUGCGGCAGCCUGUUACCAUGAUGAUAUCAAGAAGCGCAUAGCUGACCUUCCUGCCCAUCUUCAAGCUAAGUAUCCUCUCAUGACAUCUUCAUGCUCAACCCACAAAAAGGUCAACCCUCUUCCCUUGGACAGUAUCCUUGGCGUCACUCAAGAUGAGGUGUCUCUCAAAGCACUUGAGCGAUGGACCGACAUCAGAGGCAACGACUUCGUUGACAGCCUUCCAAUUGCUUUGCUCCAAGAUAUGAACGCCAUCUGGCUCAAGCCUACGCACUUUAGGCAGACGUUCGGCAGAGAUCCAAGUCCCAGCUGUAUCUGGUCCUUCCUCGAUACCAAAUGUGUAGUGUGCAAACUUGGCCACAUCGCACAGAGUGGUCCAGCUGUCACUGCGCUCGGGGCUCUUACGAUCGCAGGGCUCCGACCUGAAAACUGGAAGAAGAGCAAAAGAGUGCACUUCUUUGAGGAAAUGCUUAGAUCAUGUGUCGAGUUCAGCUAUAAGGAAGAGCCUGCGAUUCUUGGGAUGUGGGAAUGUGGCUCGAGACUCCGAGCAGCGCGCGAGGCAAACAAAUCGGUCGACCCACAUGGUCCUCGCGACUACAUCGACAAGUUCGUGGAGCAGGCCAGAAGCUCGACAGCCGGCAGUCCUCAUCGAUCCAGCGCUGUAAACUCGAAUCCGCCUUUCGAGCUUCAUCCUGCACCAAACUCAAGACCGGUGGCAGGUCCGUCCUGUAUGCCUGCUCUUGGUGAUUACAAGUUCCGCUCAAGGCCAGUACGUCCAGACCGAUCUCUCAGCCAAGAGGACCACGUCAAAGUCACUAACGCCAUGGUGCAGGACACGCCCGACUCAUGGGCGCAAACACCCACCAGUGCCUCCUCAACAGCUCCGCUUAUUCAACCGCUACGAUCACCAGCGCAAGAAGAGUACGCCCCGUUCGCGGACACUUCUCCCUUCGCUUCUGAAGGUCAUGUACGUAUGAGCGCCGUGCAACGUGAGUUCUACGCUGAAGCCAAGACCGUGUCGCAGGAGUACAGAAUCCGAAACCCAUUCGAAGACGAGCCUGUCGAUCGAAGCACGCAGAACUACAGUCGUGCUUCCGUGAGGCCGCAGAGUCUGAGUGUUGAGAGACCGACAAAGAGGGCGCCGAUACCUUCGUCGAUCUACUCGCGACCGCAGACGGCAGCGACGAUUGAUGAGAAUGCUGUUAUUGAAAUGUAUCGCAAUGGUGGGUAUGCGGGACCGAGUUCAGGGGUGUUGAAGUAG